AUGUGUUUCCUCACGACACGACCAAAAAUUUUUAAGCGACUCGAAGGAAUCAGCAAUAACGACACUAAUAAUAGCUAUAAUGAUUUGCCUACACAACUUCCACCACCACCAAUCACUAUGAAUUCUUCUUUUACUAAUGCCAACUACAUAUCAAAAGAUUACUAUUCUACACCCCGACAACCAACUCCUUGGAUCAUCGCUCUAAUCGUCACGAUUUCAUUUAUUUUCUUUUUACUUUUACUCGGUUAUUGCUCGUUACGUCGUAUUCAAGCUGUUAAUAAGCAUCGUCGUCGCAAUGAUCCAAAUUUAAUUCCAUUCGCAGUGCUUUCUAGGACAGAAAUGACGACGACAACUGGCCAAACCAACAAAAUUUACAGUAACGAAAAUAAUAGCAAUCAGUCAAACACAAAUUCAGUAUUUUCUGUGACUCAUGUUUCGUCUCAAGUCGAUAAACCGAAGAAAAGUCUUGGAAUACGUCUAAAGAAGCUUACGCCGCUUUAUCUUUUAUCUAAAGAGAAACGCGUGAAAACUUAUCCUGGUAAUGAUCAUCUGAUCAAUAUGAAUAACGUGACCGGUUGUAACAACAUGCUCGUGUCAUCCCCUCCUUCGAAUAAUAACAUCGAGCACGAAAAGAAAACAUACUCUCCAACUUCUACCUUUUAUAAUAUCAAUAAGAAUACCAAUUCCGCUGGUAAUAGUAAGAUCCUCGGCUGCAUCUCAAAGCCUGGCAACACCAAUAAAAGUGGUAUUCGUCCAAGUGUAAGUUUCGCCGAAUCACCUGAAGUAGCCUUAAUUCGUGAUCGUCAAAGUAUCCUGAAGCUAAACCGACGACAAAGUAAAUUCAUUAUAGAGCAAUUUCGUGAAUCGAUCGAGUCGGAGAGAGACGAGUAUGAAAACGAUGAUUAUGAUGACGAAUCUUUGGAUGAAUUCUGUGAUGAUAACGUACAAACUAUCACUAUGAACGAUAUUUUAAAUAUGAUUAAUUGCGAGAAUGUUUUUGGACAAGCAGGACGCGUUCAAAACCUUUCAUUCGUAAUAGCAAAACCUGAUUUCUAA